AUGUGGUCUCGAACUAGAGAAGGCUGCUCUUGGGACUUUCAGCGUAACGUUGUCAACACGGGCCUCCCAACUCCAGCCGUCAAGCUCGACACUAAUGACGGUUCCCAAUUCCACGAUGUCAUCGUCAUCGGUGCUGGCUUCGCAGGCUUAACAGCCGCCAGAGAUUUAUCCCUACAAGGCUUGAGCGUACUCGUUCUCGAAGCUCGGGAUCGCAUCGGCGGCCGUACAUGGACUGCAAAAGGGCAGAACGAUGAUUACGAAAUGGGCGGUGGCUGGGUCCACCACCUGCAACCUCAUGUGUGGAGUGAGAUGAGUCGGUAUGGUCUCACGGCGACCGAGAAGAGUUCCGGGAUGGAGCAGGACAGCCCAUUGAAAAUCGAUGGCAACCUCCAAAGCAUGCAGGAGGCCGGCGCGUCAUUUGCCCCUCUCGCAGCUGCUUUCUUCGACGUCGAUGGCCAUGGCGGGCGAAUUGUUAUGCCUCAGCCGACUCGACCUCUCCUCAACCACGAAGCAAUCGCCGUGUGGGAUAUCAGCGCCGAAGAGCGUAUAAACCAGAUGGAUGUCACGGAGCAAGAGAAAGGGCUACUCAGAAUAUGGAUGUCGAUCUCAGGCCUGACUGACGUAUCUCAAAUUGGGUUCUUAAGUCUGCUACGGCUUUAUGCACUCUCUGGGUACAACUUCCAGCAAUAUCUUGAGAUUAACGGAACCUUUAAGAUCCCCGGAGGAACCACAGCGCUAGCCGAAGUAAUUUUCGCCGAAUUCAAGGUUCAGGUCAAGGGUGGCCAAGAGUUCUCUGCCAGUCACGUUAUCUGCACCGUCCCAGUACAUUGUCUCGCCGAUAUCGAAUUCACACCUGUCCUGCCUCCUUCGGUAACCUCCAUCAAACACCAUAAUCUUGGCGGAAAGCUUCAUGUGCAUUCGCCAAAUGGAGCGGCUAAAUUCUUUGGCGUUACUACUCCUUCCAGAACUGCCUGCUUUGGCUUUACCGAGUCUGCUUCCAAAACUGGGGGUGUCAAUAUAGUUGCUUUCAAAAGCGCCCGUCUCGAAGCACCCGAUCGGCCACCAUUGACGAUUCUGGAUGACGCCCUCGACGAUUUGAAGCCUGGGUCAGUGGACUUGGGCAGUAUUAACGAGUAUCUCUGGCAUGAUUGGCGGAACGACCAGUUCUCCAAAGGAGCUUGGCCUGUCUACCCUGCCAAGGUCCUUUCGGAAACCCUCGGUACACUCAUGGACAACAAGAAUGUGUCUAGAAGGCUUACUCUUGCUGGGUCGGACUGGGCUGAUGGCUGGGUUGGUUAUAUAGAUGGGGCUAUUGAGCAGGGGCGUCGCGCUGCGUUCGCUGUCGCUGACGAAUUGGGCUCUCGGCGAUGA